AAAUAGCACCUCCUCUUGUUCAGCACCCAAAGUCGAAGGAUAGCUCUGGCCUUUCAAUGGAAGAAAGUGCUAGAUUUGUCAGUGUUGUAUAACAUUAUAACCAACUCUCAAGUUCCAUAUUUUGCUUUGGGGCGAUCGCGGUUUGUCUUCACCUGUUGUGAGAGACAAGAGCUGGCGUCCAACAUGCGUAAAAAUCAACGCUGUCCAAGCAGGGAACCGCCGAGAAACGAAUUACCGCCGCUCAACUGAGGCCAAUCUCGAUUUAUCUUUUUUUUUCUACAAUAAGGAAACAUUAACUCAGCUAGCUGGCUAACAUCACUUCUGCGACUAGCUUGGUUAACGACAUAUCUUCAACUUGUAGCGAAGCCAGAUAGCCGGGAUUGGAACUUCACUCGCACAGCGCAGGAGAAAAGUUGUAGGCAGCGAUGGGUGCUUUCCUGGACAAGCCGAAGACGGAGAAGCACAGCGCCCACGGUGACGGAAACGGGCUACGCUACGGUCUGAGCUCCAUGCAGGGCUGGCGGGUGGAAAUGGAGGAUGCCCACACGGCGGUGGUGGGCCUUCCCCAUGGACUCACCGACUGGUCUUUCUUCGCCGUUUACGAUGGCCACGCCGGCUCGCGGGUCGCCAACUACUGCUCCGGGCACCUGCUGGAGCACAUCCUGUCAGGAGGCACCGAGUUCGGAUCGGGGCCCGGCUCCGUGGAGGGCGUAAAGGACGGGAUCCGCUCGGGCUUUCUGAACAUUGACGAAUACAUGCGCAACUUCUCCGACCUGCGGCAGGGCCUGGACCGCAGCGGGUCGACAGCCGUGUGCGUGCUGCUCAGCCCCACUCACCUCUACUUCAUUAACUGCGGCGACUCGCGGUCCGUGCUGUGUCGAGACGGAAAGGUGGGCUUCUCCACUCAGGACCACAAGCCCUGCAACCCUCGCGAAAAGGAGCGCAUCCAGAAUGCUGGCGGCUCGGUCAUGAUCCAGAGGGUAAACGGCUCCCUGGCAGUGUCACGAGCUCUUGGGGACUACGACUACAAAUGUGUGGAUGGUAAGGGCCCCACGGAGCAGCUGGUGAGCCCGGAGCCGGAGGUUUGCGUGUUGGAGAGGGCGUCCGAAGGAGACGAGUUUGUGGUUCUGGCGUGCGACGGAAUCUGGGACGUCAUGUCCAACGAAGAGCUGUGUGAUUUUGUACGAUCACGACUAUUGGUUUGUGAAGAUCUGGAAAAGAUAUGUAACUCGGUGGUGGACACCUGUCUUCAUAAGGGAAGCAGAGACAACAUGAGCGUGGUGUUGGUGUGUUUGCCCGGAGCGCCUAAGAUCUCAGAGGAGGCCAUGAAAAAAGAAGAAGAAUUGGAUAAAUAUCUAGAAACGCGUGUUGAGGAGCUGCUGGGAAACUGUGGGGAGGAGGGAGUCCCUGACCUGGUGUCUGUCCUAAGGAAUAUCGCCUCAGAAAACAUCCCUAACCUUCCGCCUGGUGGAGGCCUGGCCAGCAAACGCAGUGUUAUCGAGGCGGUGUACAACAAACUGAACCCUCACAGAGAAGAGGAAGGGAGUGCCGUCGACCUGGACGACCCGUAUUAGCCGCGUCAGCACCUUUCCCGUCUCCUCCCAGAGAUCCGAGCAUCCACCAGGAGGAGGCUCGUCUCUCCAUUGCGCCGUGUCUUUCUCCACUAAAAAGACGACAUACAGUGUGUGCUGGAAUGUGUGUGUAUGUAUUGGUCGUGCAUUUGUGUGUGUGGGUGUGUGUGUGUGUUUUUCGCAGAAGCGGGACAAAAAAAAAAAAAACUACAAUUGAACACACGCAUAACUGCUUGAAACCCCCCUUGGAGGAAAAACUGAAUCAAUCUUCAACAAAAAAAAAAGAAAAAAAAAUUGUAUAGAUUUUACGAACUGAAGUGUUUUGACGGUAGAAACUGAUUUUUACCGUUGGAAUUUUUUUGUUUUGUUUUCUUGAAUGUUGAACACCUGACGUCACAAUGAUAUGAGGACCUAUCGUGCGCAUGUUUUUUUGUUUUUUUCUGUGAGCGUGUGUUUGACAGAGAGAGAGAGUGUGUGUGUGUAUGUGUGUGUGCAUGUGGGAGUGUUUAACUGAGAGGGCCAAGAGGACAGACAUGACGGAUAAAGACAUUAUGUAAUUCUUCACAUUUUUUUGUGCUCUAACACCCUUUUGCUUCUUCCCUCUAUUAAAAAAACACACUCUCUCUCUUUCUCACACACACACACACACACACACUCCCUUCGCCCGCAUCACUUCCACCUGUGCAGGUAUAAAUGACGUGCCACAGGCGCAGGGCACUGCAUGAGGACUUUGGUUGUACGUGGACAGCUACGCGGUUUUCUAAUCAUCGUCCUCAGCGGACAGCCAUUGGUCGAGGCUGACUGAACCUGGAAGCUCUCUGGACUCUGAUUGGCUGUGUGAGAAUUUUUUUGGAUUUUAUUUUUGCUGAUCGAAUUAGGACAAGAUGACGAUAAUCAUGGUGGGGAAGGAGCGGGGAGUGAAAGAGCGGUUGUUGUAACACUGGUUGGACUUCCUCGACAUCGUCUGAGACGCAGCAGACUAUCCUGACGGAGGAGGAAAAGGCUUUCUUUCUUUUCUUUUUCUUUUUUUUUUUUUUUUAAAUGUUGCCCAUGAGGUUACUAGUUGCUCGCUGUGUAGAGUGAGUGAACUCCCAGUUUUAACCCUGUUCCUGGUUCUCAGACUGCAUUGGUAAUAUUUGUAUUGCUGUUGUUUGAUUGCACUCACAUUUGAUUACAGAAAAGCGUCUAUAUAUGAAAUAAAAUACCUGCCAAGGACA